AUGUCUUCGCCCAAAAUCAUCCUGUAUACCAACCGCGUCUGUCCCUGGGCCCACCGCGCCCAUAUCGCGCUGAAGGAGUCCGGCUUGGAGUAUGAAGAGGUCACCAUCGAUCUCAACAAGCCGCGUGAGCCCUGGUACCUGGAGGUCAACCCGCGCGGUCUCGUCCCCAGUCUUUCAUACAACGGCAACAUCAUCACAGAAUCCGGCAUCGUCGCCGAGUUCAUUGCCAAUGCCCACCCUUCGCAUCUCCUGCCCCCCUCCGGCCCCGCUGAGAACGCAUUGUACCGUGCCCGCGUGGCGUUCUUUGUCGACGCCUUCUUCAGCAAGGUUGUCCCGCACUUCUUUGCUAGUAUCCGGUCUGCGUCUGAGGCAGAGCGUGAUGCUGCUGCCGAGCAAUUGGCUACUGCCGUGGCUAAAGAGGUUGAGCCUCUCCUGGCGGACUCGGAGGGCAAGGGCCCGUUUUUUGGGGGGAGUGAUAAGUUAACUCUGGCUGAGGUCCAAUCGGGCUCGUUCCUACUGCGUAUCCUUGGCUUCAGCAAGCCUGAGCAUGGCCUUGUUAGUGCUAAGUUGCCGGCGUUGCUCGAGCAGACGCCGCGGUUCAAGCGCUGGGCUGAGGCGACUGUGAGCCAUGACAGCGUCAACUUUAUCUGGGAGGAGAAGGCUGUUGCGGAUCGCAUGCGGGCCAAGUUUGCGCCGAAGCCUUAG